UCUCAAACAGAAAGAAAGAAGGAAGAAAACUAGACAAGCAAAAUAGAUAGGAAGGAACCCUAGAAAUCCCAAUUCUGAGAAAACGCUCAAAUUCCCCAAAUCAAAAGAGAAAUUAAGGAAGAAAGAAUUUUGCUUGUUUUUACAUACUCUCUCCAUCUCUCUAUCUCUUUUUCUUUUUUGGUUUUUUGUUUUGGUUGUUUUCAGGAAACAACGACACCGACCCCAGCGCCGGGUCUCUUUCUUCCAAUUGGGAGAAGCUCUAUUCAGAUUUAGCUUUGUCAUCUGUUUUCUGGGUUUGCUUCUUCAUAGAUGCUGAUGCUUUCUCUAAUGGUGGUUUUUGUGUUGUCAAAUUAGGGUUUUCAAUUGUCCACUCCCCUUUUUUUGUGGGCCUUUUGAUCCUUUCGUGGCAGCAGCCGGUCAAGCAUUCAGUCCUGGUUGGAGUUUGUUUUUAGUAGGAAGAUGUCAUAUCAAUAUCCGAUUCUUGGCGACCGACCAAUCAACCUUUUGAAGGUUACAGAAUUAAAAGAGGAGCUUAAGAAGCGAAGUUUGACAACCAAGGGCUUGAAGGAUGAUUUGGUAAAACGGUUGGAUGAAGCAAUACGAAUUGAAGGGGAAAAUGCUUCGACCCAGGAUAACGGACUUUAUGGUGAUAAAGUUGUAGAGCCAAUUGCAGUUCUUGCUAAAACACCUAGAAGCACUGGUUCUGGCGGGCGUAAAAGGACUGGAAAAGUUGAUUUGCCAGUUCAGGUUGAUGUUAAUGCCAGUGCUACAGAUUUGGAUCAAGGGGGUAUUCAAGAAGGUUAUGUUCUGGUUGAUAAAGAUGCUGGUGCCAUAGCUGAAGAGGAGCUGGUUGUUCAAUCAACUAUUGUGGAAACCAGUGUUAGGGUCACUGAGACUCAGGUGUCUGAGGCAGCAUUUGUUGGUGAUAAUUCACAGAACACUGAAGCUAAUAAGGGAAUUGGGAAUUCACAGCCCCUAUUUGACAAUGAGGUUCCAAAGUCCCUAGUAGAGAAUGAGGAUCCAAAGCCCGUAGUGGAGAAUGAGGAUCCAAAGCCCAUAGUAGAGAAUGAGGAUCCAAAGCCUCAGGUGGAGCAUGAGGAUCCAGAGCUAUAUCGUAAGAAUGAGGAUCCAAGGCCCGACCUGGAGAAUGAGGAUCCAGAGCCCCAGCUGGAGAAUGAGAAUCCAAAUCCCCAGCUGGAGAAUGUUGAUCCUAAGGCCCAGCUGGAGGAUGAGGAUUCAAAGCCCCAACUGGAGAAAGAGAGUUUAGAGCCUACAGACAGGGAUGUCAUAGUCAACUCUUCUGCUCCAAACUACCAGGUAUCUGAGGUCAGCCAUUUAGGGUUUGAAGUAAAAUAUGAUUCUAUUUCUACUGAUUCUGUGUCAAUUAAUGAAAAGAUUGAACUAAAGGAUAAUAUAAUUGCUGACCAUGUCAAAUUAGAAUUAGAUGUUAACCCGGAGAUGGUGGAUCCAUCAUCCAGCACUGUUGUCCCAGUCAGUGGUGAUUCACAUCCACUGGAUGUUGAAGAACCACACCAGGACAAAGCUUCUGUUGGAGAGAAAGUUGACAACAAUGAUACAAAUGCAGACAUAAGCAAGAAAAAUGAUAGUGCUGAUGUGGGGUACUCAGAAAAAUUAAAUUUAGAGAGAAGUUCUGGAGAUGAUUCUAUGGAAGAAGAUGUGCUGGACGGUAAACAAAUUGAUUCAAAGUAUAAUUCUGACGAUGUGGGAGAGAUGUGUGAGAAAAAUGAUUUACCCAUUGUGAAUGAGGAAAGUCAUGUUGAUAUUGUGGGAGAUGAUAUUUCCCUGGACAAAAUGGAUGAAAAUGUUGAGAUCAAGAAUCAUACGGCCCCACCUGCUGAGAAAAGAAAGCUUAAUGAUCAAGCAGCAGUUGGAAGCAAUGAGCCGAUAAAAAGGCGCAGGUGGAACUCUGAAAGCCUUAAAGUUCCAGAGCUGCAAAGUCCUAUUGAAAAGCUGACGGUCACACCCAAGGAAACUUUCCAGACCACCAGUUUAAAGCGUAACUUUUCGAGAUCAAACUCUACUAUGAGUGAGGAAGCUCCCAAAGAACGUGUUGUUCCACCAUCACAGAAGGCUCCAACUAAUUCCCUUAGAAUUGAUCAUUUUCUGCGACCUUUCACCCUGAAAGCUGUGCAAGAACUUCUAGGAAAAACUGGGUCUGUUACUGAUUUCUGGAUGGACCACAUCAAAACUCAUUGCUAUGUUACUUAUUCAUCAGUGGAAGAAGCCUUGGAGACACGAAAUGCUGUGUAUAACCUACAGUGGCCUCCCAAUGGUGGGCGCCUCUUAGCGGUUGAGUUUGUUGAUCCUCAGGAAGUGCAAACACGGCUUCAGGCUUUUCAGAGUCCUGCUGCACCUGUCGGCGGUGGUCCUGUUCCUGUUGCUGCGACCACCUCACAGCCGCAGCCUUCUCCCCGUCAACCUAGGCAGCAGCAGCUUCCACCACCUGCUUCUGUCCCUCCUCCACCACCCUUGCCUACAGCUCCCCCAGCAAGAGAGCGGCUUCCUCUGCCUCCUCCACCACCUCUACCGGAGAAGCUUGAUCUUCCAAUUGUCACCUUGGAUGAUCUCUUUCGGAAAACCAAGUCAACUCCCCGAAUCUAUUACUUGCCUUUGUCAGAAGAACAAGUGGCUGAAAAACUUGCAGCACAACAGGGAAGAAAUACGAGGCAGUAGGAGCGUGCCAAAAUCCAACCAUGGGUGGUGUUCGGAUUCUCUUUGGGGUCAGUCGGUCAGCAUGUUAGAUGUAGGGAAGGGUCAUUGUAAUCGCAUCGUAAAGGAUUUUGGUUUUUUUAUUAAGUCUGCUUUAUUAUGUUGAGGGCCUGAGACUUAGUUUCUAUGUUUAUUAGUAGAAACUUCCAAACUGGAGCCUUAUUUAUUGUGUUUAUGAAUCCAUUUGUAUCUUGGCGUUCCCAAACUUCACUUUAGUUAAAUUAUUGGAGUCUGUUUUAUUGGAUGAAA